UUGCCGCUGUUGUUGUUGUUGCGUUUGCAUGACAAGCAGUGUUGGAUGUUUAACCGUGAAUAUACUCAAAAGUGAUACAUUCGUCAAGUUUUUUUUAUGUGCACUGGUGCAACUCUGUGUAUAGUUUAUUUUCUUUCGUUUUCUGCUUGAAACGCGUAAAAUUUCGAGUUUUGUUUUAUUUUUCCGUUUUUUCGUUUGAUUUCUGAGUGCCGAAUCAGAAAUCUCUCUCACACACAAAUCAGUUUGGAGAAAAUAAAGGGGCGAAAAAACGAAAAACUCGACAGAAAAAAUGGACGUAUUUUUGAUGAUUAGACGAAAGAAAACUACCAUCUUCACUGAUGCCAAAGACAAUACAUCCGUAGGAGAACUGAAAAAAAUGAUUGAAGGCAUACUGAAGGUACAUCCACAAGAUCAACGUUUAUUCAACAAAAAUAACGAAGUUAUGAGCGACGACAAGCAACUGCAAGAUUAUGGAAUUACUAUAUCGACAGCUAGAGCGCAGUCACCAGCACAGUUGGGCCUGGCGUUGAGGCUGGAGAACGGCGAAUUCGAGGAAUUAGACAUAGCGCCGUACUCAUCACCACCCGAUUUGCCCGAUGUCAUGAAAAACCAAGAUUCAGCUAAUGGCCAAGAAACAACACACAUUACAUCUUAACUUAAUUUUUAAUGCAAAUCUAUUGGAAUAUUAAAUAUGCGCACCCACACACAUACACACAUUCAAUAUAAAAUAGCAACAAUUCAUUUUGAAAGGAAAAAAAAACUACAACAACAACCGAAAUUAAGUUGAUAGAAUUGAUGAUGAUAAUGAAAAAAAAAAACAAAACAUAUUUUAUUAUGAUAAUUCCCUAUUAAUUUUUUUCCAAAUAAAAAAGUAAAAUACAUUUAAUUUAUCAUUGUUUUGAAUGUCACUAGUGGGAUGAACGAAAAAUAUGCUUGUUUAAUAGUAAAAAAAAACAAAUCAGGAAAGACUUUUUGUAUUGAGAAACAUUUAGGUAGACUGACCUCUUGUUAUAAAGGUAAUGUGAGGCCCAGUCAAUGUUGGGUAAAUAAAACAAAUUGAAAAUUGGCUUUUGAAUAAAAUUGAAAACAGUUACAACAACAA